AUGACAUACAGUACCUAUGACGUGGUGAUUGUGGGAGCUGGUCCAGUUGGACUCUUCCUCGCCUGUGAACUCCGCCUUGCCGGUCUCUCCGUUCUGGUGGUCGAGAAACGAACCAACUCGGACGGCAUGGCGGAAACACGGGCUUUUGUGAUGCAUGGUCGCUCUUUGGAAAUCUUCGCCUGCCGUGGCCUUCUAGACUCCUUUCUUCAAGCAGGCCAGAAGACGAACUGGUGGCAUUACGGUGUUCUGGAUACUCGUCUUGAUUACAGUGUUUUCGGUCGUGAAACGGACCAGAACUACGUGCUACUCGUUCCUCAGUAUAAAACCGAGAUGAUCCUAUUCGAGCGGGCCGUGGAGCUGGGUGCAGUAAUCAUCCAGGGCGUCCAAGUCGAUUCAGUCAGCCACGCGAAGUACCUUGUCGGUGCAGACGGUGUUCGCAGCACGAUCCGCAGACUCGCCGACAUUGAGUUCACGGGCAAUGCACCGGUCAAUACAGUCAUGAGUGGCGAAGCGACCCUGGGCGCGGCCAUGCCCAAUCCUUACAUUGUUCACAACGAGCACGGAUUAGUUAUCGCAGCCGACCUCAAGGUCCCCAGUGGAAGGACCAGGCUCAAUGUGUUUUCGAGUGAUCGUGGCACGGUUCCGGAGUCCGUUGAAGUGACUCUCGACGAGAUGAACCAGAGCCUGCAGAAAAUCACCGGCGUGGAUUACAAUCUUACGAACCCUUGUAUGCUGAAGCGUUUCAGCAACGAACAACGCCUAGCGACCAGGUAUCGCCAAGAUCGGAUUUUCAUUGUCGGCGAUGCAUGCCAUAAACACCUCCCGGCCGGCGGUCAGGGGUUAAAUGUCGGCCUCCAAGAAGCGCUGAAUUUAGGAUGGAAGAUUGCGGCAGUCGUCUCCAAGUCCGCCCCGAUUUCGUUGCUUGAUACGUACGAAGAAGAACGCCGGCCGAUUGCCAAGGCGGUGGUUCAAAACACCACUUCACAGUCGCUCUUAUUCUUUGCCUCCUCUGGUCCAGAAUGGGCAGUCCGGGACGCGGUGGAGAAGCUUUUGUGUGUACCAGAGGCCAACAAGGCUUUGGCCAAGGAAAUUAGCGGAUUUUCGGUCACUUACCCCAAGUCGCUCGACAUGAUACUUCCAGACGGAUGGCAGGCCCUACCCGGCAACAUCCAGGGAAGGCGUGCAUUGAAUGUAAAGAUCAGACUACCGGAUGGGGUGGCGACUGAACUCCGUAAUUACACCGAAGACGGACGUUGGGUCCAGCUGCACCUUCCUGGGAAACAUUGCGUUGAAGUACGACCUCCUCCGGCAUUUGAGAACUGGACGACGGUGGUGGAUGUUGCCGACAUGCCUGAUGAAGAAGAGAGGACAAGCCUGUAUAUGUGUGGAGUUAGAGAGAUGCUGAUCCGCCCAGAUGGCUAUUUGGCCUUUGGUCGGUGGGACAACUAA